AUGAUCUUCAUCUGGUUCUUUGUCGUCUUUCUUCCAUUCACCAAUGGACCAUGGAGCGCGUCAGUGGGUGGUGGGAUUGGCAUAGUCGAAGAUGACAUUCGGCUAUGCCAACAGCACUGGUGGCGAAACAUGCUGUACAUCAACAACUUCUUUAAUAUUUCUGAGGAUUGUUACGGGAUCACCUGGUACUUGGCUGUCGACACGCAACUAUACAUGGUAGCGCCAAUUUUUCUAGUUGCACUAUACAUUUCUCCGUUAAUCGGUAAGCUUCUCUAG